AUGCCUAAGGAAGCUACCAAGCGCGGCAAGGCUGGCAAGCCUGAGAAGAGAAAGGGAAAGAAGGAUCCCAACGCCCCUAAGCGUGGUCUUUCUGCAUACAUGUUCUUCGCCAACGAGCAACGCGAGAACGUUCGUGAUGAGAACCCCGGCAUUUCGUUCGGCCAAGUUGGCAAGAUCCUUGGCGAGCGAUGGAAGGCCCUCAAUGACAAACAGCGUGCCCCGUACGAGGCCAAGGCUGCUGCCGACAAGAAGCGAUACGAGGAUGAGAAGCAAGCUUACCAGGCCGAGUCCGACUAA